AUGUUGAAAAUUGGGUUCACGAGUUCUCGUUCUAGUGUGAGGGUUACUCUAAUACGGUCCAAUCUUACAUUGGCUCACAAAAGGCUAAACCACCACUUAUGCUCCACUUCAAAAUCAAAGACAUACCAAGGGAUUCGUAACUUCAAGAAUUCAUCGAAUUUAAAACAACCUCCAACCCAAGUUGCGAAUAUUGAAUCAGCUGAGUUGCGUGUGCCUGGUAUAACAUUGAACUCAACAAGGCCGGGAAUAUGUCCUAUUGUGCCCUUACUACAAAAAAUGUAUAUUCCAGAACAUAUUCAUACCCAUUCUCAUACAGAUACAUUUUCUAAUAUCUUAUCACAUAGUCAUUCGCACUCUCACAGUCAUGGGCAUACACAUACUAUGAACAAUCCUUUGUUAGUUGCCAGUGCAGAACAGAUUCGAAAGAAUGCGGGUGUUAGAGUCACAUGGAUUGGGCUUGCCGUUAACGUCGGUAUUGCAGUAGGAAAAGUUAUAGGAGGUCUUGUUUUCCAUUCUCAAGCAUUAUUUGCAGACGCAAUUCAUGCUGUGAGUGAUAUCAUUUGUGAUUUGUUAACAUUAUUUUCAGUUCGAUUAGCUGCAUCUAAGCCGACGCCUGAUUAUCCAUAUGGAUAUGGAAAAAUUGAGACUAUCGGUUCAUUGACUGUGUCUAGUAUCCUUGUCAUGGCAGGGAUUUCCAUUGGAUGGACCUCACUAUGUGCCAUUGUAGGUCCAAUCAUCCCUCAUACUAUAAUAGAAAUGUUAAGUACCGUGGGGUUGGGUUCAUCCCAUUCGGAAUCUGUUUUAGAAGAAAUGACAGAUAUCAACGCAGCUUGGGUUGCGGCAGCUUCUAUUGCAGCUAAAGAAUGGGUUUUUAGAGCAACAAGGAAAGUUGCUAUAGAAACAAAUUCGAAUGUUUUAAUGGCAAAUGCUUGGCACCACAGAGUAGAUUCACUAACCUCGUUGGUUGCGCUAGUUACCAUCACAUCUGGUUAUCUAUUCAGUAUACAAUCUUUAGAUACCCUUGGUGGAUUACUUGUCUCCAUUUUCAUCAUCAAAGCUGGUGCAGAAGGUAUGUACCUUUCUGUGAAGGAAUUAAUCGACCAAUCUAUUGAAGAUGAUGAUCCACGCCACGCAGAAAUCGAAAGUGUGAUUAAUGAGGGAUUGAAUAGGCUAUCAGUUCAAAAGAGCAAAAACUCUUCUAUCAAUCUUUCACCUUUGAAGCUUACCGAACUUUCUGUCCUUUCUUCAGGUCCAAAUUUAAGAGCACAUGCAACUUUACAAGUACCUUUACAAACACCUACCAAUGUAACAGGUAUCAAACAACUUGAAACAAUCUCUAACCAUAUUCGUGCAAUGUUGGCUAAAAAUAUUGCAUCGGUGAAGAAAAUAGAUAUUGACUACGUUUCGGAGAAAGAUCCUCACAACAUUGACGCAAAUAAGCCAAUAACCUUAACUGAAAAAAAUUUGCAUCUACAUUUACAUUCACAUUCACGAAAUUCAGCAUCAUCUCAUUCCCACACUCAUCUUUAA